AUGGCUGAACCAUACGUUCCUCCUACACCUACCGAACCUCAACCACAUGUUCCAACUUGGAUCCCUCCACCUCCAACAGAUGGAAAAGGAAUAGAAUUUGCUCAACUUCAUACCAUCGAGCUCAACCUAUUGGAAGAUCCUGAUCCAGCUGUGGUUCAAAAACUCGUCGAAACAGCUAAAAUCGCUAUCAAGGAAGAUGGGUUUUUGUAUUUGACUAACUAUGGUGUCAGUUUGGAACAACUUCAUCGACAAUUUUCAAUCGGACAAUAUACCUAUGAUCACAUUACCGAGGAAGAAAAAGAAAGACUUAAAUGGAACCCUCAAGGUGGAUCUUAUGCAGGAUACAAAGCUCCAUUUGGAUGGAGGCGUGAAAAGGGAGCUCCAGACGGUAUUGAACAAUUUAACUUUUACAAACAACAAUUUGCCGAUUUGAAUCUCGUCCCUUCAUGUCUUCAUCCUUUCAUGGAAGAAAUCUCAGCUUUUGUUCAAUACCUUACGACUUCCGUCAAUCGUAGAUUACUCAAAUUAUUUUCUUUGGUAUUGGAACUUCCUCCUGAUUGGUUAUACGAAAACAUUCAAAGUAAAGGAGGUAUAGUAGCUGAUAGUUAUUUCCGUCAUGCUUUAUUCCGUCCUUUGACAGAAGAUAUAAAAUCUGUUGGUGGUGGUGCUUUAAGGAUGAACGGUCAUACGGAUUAUGGUACUACUACAUUAUUAUUUUCUGUACCUGUUUCUUCACUUCAGAUUUGGGGUAGGGAUAAUAAAUGGCGUUAUGUAGGAUAUAACCCAGGAGCUUUGGUCAUUAAUAUUGGGGAAACUCUCGAGAUCAUUUCUGGUGGUCAUUUUAAAGCUACUCGUCAUAGGGUCGUUGAACCUCCUGAAGAUCAACGUACUUUUGAACGUCUUUCUCUUGUACUUUUUAACGCAUCUGAAAGUGAUAUGCGUGUCCAACCUGCUUAUGUAUCUCCUUUGAUCCAACGUGAAGGUUGUAUCGAGGAACAAGGAGUAUAUAAAGAAUUCAAAGCUUUAAUGGAUAAAGGUUUCCCUGUCCCCACUAAUAGGGAAUGGCGUGAGAGUCAGAUAGCCAGUAUUAGACAAGUCGCCGAUAAUCCCAAAAUGAAGAUUGUCUUGGUGAACGGGGUGGAGAUGUCUGAACAGAUGUAUCACGGCGUCAAAGUUUUACUCCCUGUGUAG